UGGGCCGCGCGUUCCGAAGGAGAGCGUAGCGUUCUGUCUCUUCGAUAACUCCGCAGAUUCUGAUCGCCCCCGCCUAGAAACGAUGCAGUUAUAGGUUGCGCGGAUUCGGAGGGGUUCGAGCAGUGAUCGUCACCCUUCGGAUAUCUCAACGGGAAUCGUGGCGGGAAAAUGGGUCGAACCCGGAGGAAGCGUAAACGAAGACCGCGAAAUCUGUUAUCGCCCAAAUGGAUCGGAGAACUCUACUCCUGGAUUCAGAGACUCGGCUUCAAGCCGACCAGUGUUCUGAGACUUGCAUGUACGCCUGCCUCGGGUCGCGGUAUAGUUUGUCUCAGCAAUAUAGAAGCAGGUGAUGUGAUCAUCGAUCUCCCAUCGACUCUGCUGAUAACUCCGGAUCUAGUGCGGAAAGAGCUCAAUAUGAGUAAGGAGAACCUUUCCGCUGAAGAGAUUUUGACGAUUUUCGUUCUCUCGGAGAGGAGCCUGGGAGAGAAAUCAAAAUGGAAACCCUACAUCGAGUCGAUCCCGGACGUUUUCGACGGUCUGCAGUGCAGGAAAAGUGUACGUUUGCCGCGUCGGCUCGCUCAAGCCAUCGACAGAUGGAACGCCGAGAGACGGAACGUUUUCUCGAGAUUGCGAAUGUUCUUCCGUGGAAGAGGAAUCGACUUGAACUUCGAAACUUUCUCUUGGGCCUGGAGCGCCGUGAACACCCGAUGCAUUUACGUGGAGGGUCACGGGAGUACUUUGGCUCCGUUUUUGGAUUUGCUCAAUCACCAUUGGAAGGCAUCCAUCGAAACAUCAUUUGUGAACAACCAUUUCAUCAUCCGUAGUAACGUAGGCUACGAGGCCGGGAGCGAAGUUUUCAUCGGCUACGGCAGCCACGACAACCGGACGCUUUUCCUGAAUUACGGCUUUGUUCUCGACGAGAACCCGAAUGAUUGCAUCACGGUCGAGCUGGAACACCUAGAGAAACUGAAGAGAUCGCGAAAUAUUCACGAGUUUGCGAGGAAAAUCGAGUUCCUGCGCCAAAACCAGAAGUUCACGGACCAGACUGGUUUUACCAGAGACGGCGCGACAUGGAAUCUGGGGAUCGUCAUCGGAGUUCUCCAAGAAGACGACGAGGAUAUUUGGACUGGGUACCUCACAGGAGAGGCAACAGCUGAUAAAUCAGAUUGGUGCGAGCUUCUGGCGAGAAUUAUGUUAGAAGACUACAGUCUUUCCGUGCCCGAUCCAAUGGCUCAGAAGCUCCUAGAAAUUGAGGAGAAUAUUCUCCGAUCCCUAAUAAAUGGAGACGCUCCUCGAAAGACGAAGGAGAUUUGA